ACAUUGAUGAAUGUUUGAGCAACCCUUGCCAUGGUAAUGCCAGCUGUACCGACAAUGAAGGUUCAUUUAAAUGUCAAUGUAAUGUUGGGUUUUCUGGAGGUGGAUUUAAUUGUUCCAGUAAGUAAAUCUUUCCUUCAUCCGUCAGAAAUUUUGUACCUUUCUGCUAACCACAUUCUUGCUAUGUUUUUUUUUAGACAUUGAUGAAUGUUGGAGCAGCCCUUGUCAUCACAAUGCCACCUGCACUGACAACGAAGGUUCUUUUGUUUGUCAGUGUAAUGUUGGGUAUUUUGGAAAUGGAUUUAAUUGUUCUGGUAGGCGAAUCUUUCAUAGAUGUGUGUAACAUUUUGUACCUUCCUGCUAGUUAUAUAAUGUUUGUUUUUUCAUUAUCUUUUGUAGACAUUAAUGAGUGUUUGACCAAGCCUUGUCAUCUCAAUGCCAGCUGUACUGACAAAUGAAGGUUCUUUUGUUUGUGACUGCAAUAAUGGGUUUUCUGGAGAUGGAAUUUCAACUUGUGCAAGUAAGUGUGAAACAGCAUGUUUAAGUAUUUCACUUUGUCAUGUAAAUGCAGACUGCUUGGAUUCUCACGGUUCUACAACUGGAUUUAACGGGAACGGAACUUUCUGUGAAAGCAAGCAAACCACAAGCGAACGUAGAACAACUCUUUUAGUUUAGUUUAUAGUCCCUUUAUUUUUUCUUACUAUUUGUCAUUUUCCAGACAUCGAUGAAUGUUUGAACAACUCCUGUCAUGGUAAUGCCAGUUGCGCUGACAAUGAUGGUUCUUAUGACUGUCAAUGUAAUGUUGGGUAUUCUGGAAAUGGAUUUAAUUGUUCUGGUAAGUAAAUCUUUCACUUAUGUGCCUAAAAUUUUGUGCCGUCAUGCUAGUUACAUAUAGUUUCUCAUUUCUUUUAAUUUUUGUAGACAUUGAUGAAUGUUUAGCCAGUCCAUGUCAUGUCAGUGCCGACUGUGCUAACAAUGAAGGUUCUUUUCUUUGUGAGUGCAAAAAUGGGUUUUCUGGAGAUGGAUUUAAUUGUUCCAGUAAGUUGAUAUUUCAUCCGUGUACCAAAAUUUGUACCUUUCCGCUAAUCACUUAUUUUUCUUCAUACAUAUUAUUUUUUGUAGACAUUGAUGAAUGUUGGACGAACCUUUGCCAUGUCAGUGCCAGCUGUACUGACAAUGAAGGUUCAUUUGUUUGUGAGUGCAUUAAUGGGUUUUCGGGAGAUGGAAUUUCAAAUUGUGCAAGUAAGUAUUUUUAAACAAUAUGGAAUACUGCAUGCACUUUAGUUGUUUUUCCUUUCACAACACUUUUUUAUUUUCCUCUUUCAGAUAUUGAUGAAUGUUUAAGUAUUUCAUGUCAUGUAAAUGGAGACUGUUUGGAUUCUCACGGAUCAUACAUUUGCCGUUGUAAAACUGGAUUCAAAGGGAACGGAACUUUCUGUGAAAGUAAGCAACCACAUGCAGUGGCGUAACGCUCAUUGGGUAGGGUUAGUUAAAAAACUAAGGGCCCCAAAAAAUUAGAAAAUUAGAAAAAUAUGAAAAAAAAUAAAUUAGAAAAAAAUUAGAAAACGUAAAAAAUGCAGGUUAAGAAUCAAUGGGAAAAUGCAAAAUUAAUAAUGUUAAAUAAUAAAUUCCAUCUCAAACAAAACAAAAGUUAUUCUUAUUAUGAAAAUAAUAUUAUUAUUAUUAGUUGUUACAUAUGUUACAAAUAUGUGUUUGGAGACUGUUAUUGUUGUUGUUAUAGACACAGAAAUAUAAAUAUAAUAUCUCAGUCAAACAAUGACAACAGGGGCCCCCACACCAAAUAUGCCUAAGGGCCCCCUCUUCCUCCGUUACGCCACUGACCACAUGCUAACGUAGGACAACUUUUUUGGUUCCAUUUAUAGUCCUUUUACUUUCACUACUUUUUGAUGUUUACUAUUUGUCAUUUUCUAGACAUUGAUGAAUGUUUGAGCAACCCUUGCCAUGGUAAUGCCAGCUGUACCGACAAUCAAGGUUCAUUUGACUGUCAAUGUCAUGUUGGGUUUUCUGGAGGUGGAUUUAAUUGUUCCAGUAAGUAAAUAUUUCUUCAUCCGUCUGAAAUUUUAUACCUUUCUGCUAACCACAUAUUAUUUGUAAUUUCUAUGUUUUUCCCUAGACAUUGAUGAAUGUUGGAGCAACCCUUGUUAUCACAAUGCCACCUGUACUGACAACGAAGGUUCUUUUGUUUGUCAGUGUAAUGUUGGGUAUUCUGGAAAUGGAUUUGAUUGUUCUAGUAUGUAAAUCUUUCUGUCGUGUGUCUAAAAUUUUGUACCUUUCUGGAAGCAACAUAUAACAUUCUUUUCUUAUUUCUUUUUUGUAGAUAUUGACGAAUGUUUGAGCAAACCAUGUCAUCUCAAUGCCAGCUGCGCUGACAACGAAGGUUCAUUUGACUGUCAAUGUAAUGUUGGGUAUUCUGGAAAUGGAUUCGUUUGUUCUAGUGAGUAUGAUGAUAUGAUCGUUGAUAUAUCUAACUUUCCCUACCUUUGUUCUAUAGUAAUUGAACUGUUAUUUCUCUUAGACAUUGAUGAAUGUCUUAGCAACCCUUGUCAUGUCAAUGCCAGCUGUGGUGAUAACGAAGGCUCUUUUACUUGUCAGUGUAGAAAUGGUUUUGCUGGAAAUGGAUUAACUUGUUCAGGUAAAUGUUUCAACUGACUGACUGUAUAGCUUUAAUAAUUGUCACAUAUUGAGUUCCGUAUUAAGCGCUCCGCAAAUUCUUUUGUGGGCAAACAAAGCAAUAGCUUGAACUCAAUAAUCUCACGUUUUAGUCACAUUUAAGUCAUUGUCAGCUUCGUCCUCGAGGGAGUGUUUAACAAAUAGAUAAGAUUUUGCCGUUGUCUGUUCAGUUAUACAUAUACAGUAUGACAUCAUAAGGUGGGAAGAACAAAAAAGUGGCUCACGAGCCGCCGAGGCGAGUAAAAGCCACCUACCCUCCCCAAACAUUUAACCCACGGUUAAAGCUAUCUACUCUCCCCCAACAUUUUCUGAGUUUCAGCUCAUCUUCUGUUACGUUUAGCAUUUACUGGUAUUCAAAUGGACGUACAGUACAGUGGAUAUGCUGGCGAUACGUUGGAGAUAACAUGUACUAUUACCGGACCAUCUCUUCCCAGCUUUGAGCGGAGGAAUAAUAGCAUGAUUUUGUCCUUAUCAGCAAGAGUAAAGAUUGAAAACAACGAUCAAGUUUCAAAACUUUUUGUCCGUAAAACUGCGAAAUCUGACUCUGGCGAUUAUUAUUGUAUAGCCAGGUAAGCGCGUUAAUGAUAAUGAUUAUAAUACUUCGUUAAUGAUCUACGUGAAUCUGUUUAUGGAAUUGCUUAAGGUUGUUCUCCUGUUACAUCCGGUGCCUCACAAGACAGCACACUCGAUGCUACAGUUCUUGGCCCAAUAUUGAGGUUAAGAUUGAGGUUUACGGCAGACCACCGCAAACGGCAAACUUCAAGUCAUAUUUUGAGAUCAAAUGUUAGCUGUUCGAUGUUAUGACAAUUUGUGGAUUAACUAUUGAAGAACGAAUUGACUAAAACUUUGUCGAAACCGUCGGAAACUUGUAGUAGAACUUACCUUCAAAUGCGAAUUGAAGUUUGCCGUUUGCUGUUACCGGUCUGCCAUAAACGUACAAUCUUACAUAUACCGCAGAGUCAACCUGUAUAGUAUUUGAUGAAGACAAACCAGAAGCACUUGUUUCAUAUGCCGCUAAGUUCAAUCAAACAACUACAUAUUGCAGGAAUCCAACCCGGAUGACAGAGCUGGAAGACACAUGCUGGAAGACACAUGUACGUGUCACUAAACUCCCAAAUUCGACACCCAUGGUCAUGAUUUAGUCUCACAUGGUGUUUAUUUUAAUUUUAGUAAAGGGAUAGACACAAUCAACAGUAGUGUUUCUGUAGAAGUGAAAGUUAUUCCUGUUGUUGCAGUUUCCCCGUUAUAUGUUUCUGCUACUGAAGGUAUUACUGUCUUGGAUAAAUGUAGAAAUGACGCAUGUGCUGGACACGAAUUAAAGAAGGUUGAACGAAUUAGGAAGAGUACGAUCGUACUAACAAGCUAA